AUGACAGAUACCUCCCCAGUCGCCAUCACGCACUCAACCACGGAGCCCUAUCCGGUCACCGUACCCCUGAACUCACCCGCCCUCAACGGCGCCGUUUCCGACUCUGCCGCCCCUGACGAGGAGGAGCCGUAUACCAUCAAAUGCAUCUGCGCAUUCGAAGAUGACGAUGGCAACACGGUCUUUUGCGAACGGUGCGAGACUUGGCAGCACAUCGAGUGCUACUAUCAUGGUCGCCACGUGCCUGAAGUCCACAACUGCGUGGACUGCGAGCCUCGCUACCUCGAUGCUAAGCGUGCCACCGAGCGGCAGAGACGUCUCAGGGAGGUCGGCGACAGCGGUGACCGGAAAGCGAAACGUGCCGGAGCGAAAGGUCAGAAGAAAAGGGUCAAGGACCAUGGUGACAAGGUGAACGGGUUCCAUCACCGGGCGGACUCGAUUGCUCGAGACCAGCCCCCUGCCAAAAAGGCCAAAGCCACUCAUCGCGCCUCCGGAUCCAUCAGUUCUGUUUCAGGUGCUGCGCCUUUCCCACCCGAUGCCCGCAGACGUGUCGCAACUUCCAUGAGUCCUACUAAAUCCCUAGGGCCGUCCAUCCCCCUUUACUCGAAUGAAUUUCUGCAUCUUUAUGACCAUGAUCAGGACUAUGCCCCCAUGAAUAGCAACCUCUUUGUCAACCUCCCUCUUGCGGCAGACUUGGCGUCCUGGGUGACAGAGCCAACUGCGCUCGCUCGAGUUUCCACUGGGCGAUCGUCUCGUGACAUUUUCACCUGGUCGGAUACUGCGCUGGACCGGUCGCUCUGGCCUUCGUUAUCUACAGAAACAAUCACCGACCCCAGCAUCGAUAUCGAAGGGCAACAUCCAACGUGGAAGGUUCUCAGGACUCGCGAGAGUGUCUCCAAAGACCACAUUGUUGGUGAGAUUACUGGCAAGAUUGGUCUUUUGCGAGACUAUUGCCUGGAUCCCAGCAAUCGCUGGCAGGAGCUUCGUCAUCCGGAACCUUUCGUAUUCUUCCACCCCCAGCUGCCCAUCUACAUUGACAGUCGACAUGAGGGUAGCAUUCUCCGUUAUGUGCGUCGCUCAUGUCGACCCAAUGUCACGAUCAAGACUUACAUCACCAAUGAGGUCGAGUAUCAUUUCUGCUUCGUUGCUAAAGAAGACAUUUCGGCCAACUCGGAGAUUACGGCCAUGUGGUAUCUGGAUCCCCAACUCUUCGAGUCGACACACGGUCUGGUCAAGCAGGAGCCUAGUGACAGCGCUCAGGAAGUAGCUGCAAUUUGCAUCAGCAAUGUGCUUGCAAAUUUCGGUGGCUGCGCGUGCGAGCCUCCAGCUAAUUGCUUACUUGCUAGCGUUGAUCGCCGGCGGCACCCAAAGGCGCUCGAGUCGAAGCAGGUCAACGGUAAGCGGAAGAAAGCCAAGACGAAAUCCGCCGCAUCGCCGUCGGCGACAACCAGUCGCGCAGGCAGUGAAACGACCAAGAAUAUGGAGGAUGACGAUCAGCCCGACAGUCGUUCUACAUCGGGCUCUUCGCGGGGCCAGCCACGCAGUCGGGAUCUUACUCCUACGCUGCAGCACGAUGGCGAGUCUGAGUUGUCCGCUCGAGAAAAGCGCAAGAUUGCGGCAGCGGAAAAGAAAUUCCAGCAACUAGAACAUGAUCAGCAGGCGCACAAGAGGAAGAAGCGAAACAGUGGCCAAGCAUCCUUGGUAUCUCAGACCCAGGCAGGCCAGUCAGCUUAUCAGACUGUAUCAGCCCAAGGUCAUUCUCGCUCGUCCUCUUCGGCCCAGCCCUCAGGGUCCAUGUCUAGAAAGCCCUCCGGUAUGGGCGUUCCUCACGGGCGGUCUCCGUUGCGACGUCCGCACUAUGUGGACUCGGCCAUUCAGACGGAGCCCGAGGCUGAUACGUUAGUGCUGUCUGCUGCGCCAUCCCUACGGCGGCCUAGCUAUGUACCCCUCACGCAACGGCUACUCAAGCGCUGUCAUGCAGAUCAUGUUCGCUUGGUGGAAUCACCAUCGCCGUCUCCAGCUGCGCUCUCACCUCUGUCUUCGAGUCCUCACGGCGGCUUGUACCGAAAUGUUACACCUCUCAAAACUUCCUCGACCGAGAAGGAAGACGUGGAAAUGAAGGACUCCAACUCGCCUACGGUCGUGUCCUCCGGUCAAUCACAGACUCAAGAGGCAGAACAAAAAGUAUCGACUCCCCCAUCGGCUCCUAGGGGGUUGACCAAGCCUCCACUACCCCCUCCCUGGCCAUCCACUGCUGCCCACAAUGCUCUGUUACCAAGAAGCAAGGUGAACGGUCACCGUACAAAUCUCUGGGUUCCUCUUCCCCCAGCCACUCACCCCACAGGACCGAUUGCCAUCAGUCCGGGAUCGGCGACCGGGUCGACGGUGUCAUCGCCAUCUACCCUGGAUGCACCAGCGCAACCUGCCGCAGCAACUCCAGGGUCUGGAGUGACUGCGCCGAGCCCUGUCAAGAAGAAGCUCAGUCUUGGUGAUUAUCUCAGCCGAAGGGGGGCACUGACCACCCCGACGUCGGAGAAGAGCCAAGCGCAAGCGACUGCCAUGCUUCCUCCACAGAAGCCUGUUUCCGAUCAAUCGACCGAAACCCGCGAUUCACCGGCGCCGGUAGACACAAUGAACCGCGAGGUCAAAGCGACAGGAGAAGCUGAAGCGACUAAGCGAGAAAGUCCCACAUCACCGGACAUGGCAGUGAAGGACGCGCCUGGUUCAGCAUCGACCUCACAUGUUCCCUCAUUCUUUUUCUAG